CUUAUUUUAUACAAAAUUCCCGUCUUAACAAAUUACUUGUGCAUGCCGCUACUGUGCAGAAGCCUGCCGCAAGUUCUCUGUUCACGAUUGUUCAGAAGCAGUACUAAAAACAGAUUGGCCUUGCAAGCUAGGAACGUCCCAGUCAUGGGUCUCUUUCAGAGUAAUACUGCGUCCCCGGGAGCCGCUGAAGAGUGGAGAUCAAGAUUAAUUACAAGACCAAGCGACGCUAUUAAGAUUGCUGGGGAGGCCAAAAGUGUCGCUGUUCUGGGCAUAGCCCCAGAAACGAGAGCAGACAGGCCAGCACACUACGUUGCCAAAUCAUUGCAAGCUGCAGGCGUGAAGAUCAUUCCAGUACCAGUCUACUAUCCUGAUGUCAAAGAGAUCCUGGGAGAGAAGGUGAUUAGAAGGCUACAAGACGUUCCACAGCCUGUGGACAUUCUAGACGUCUUCAGGCGUGCAGAGGACCUUGCCGGUCACCUGGAUGACAUAUUGGAAAUCAAGCCAAAGGUCGUGUGGCUUCAGUCUGGCAUUAGUGACCGGCAAUUUGAGGAGGGAAUCGCAAAGGCAGGCAUCACCGUUGUGGCAGACAGGUGCCUCAUGGUGGACCAUGACCGUGCAACAGCGAGACUGUAGACAGCAACUUCUUCAGAUCUGAUUGAUGCACAAAGAACAUGCGGCAUUAUUAAGUAUGUGUUUACAGUCAGACAGCUGAAUAACAGAAGUGCCUGAUAUCAUCAAGAACGGAUCAAUGCUUACUGAUGAACUUUGCAGCGUAGCUAGAAUUUUCAUGCACUGCAGUGGCAGGGAAGGAGCUGAACAACGUGUUGGUUGCUCUUGUAUUUGUAGAGAACACUUACAAUGCAUGGCCAUGAUGUAGGCCAACUGGUCUCCUCAACAAGAUUAGGAAGAGCGUCUCUCUAAGAGCCAAGAAGUGGGUUAGUCUUUGUACUGCCACGAAUC